UUGCAAUACUUGUCUGACUUACUUGAAAUGUGGUAUUUGAGCCUUCUUCCAGUCACAAUGUGCUGUAGGUUGGGACAUUUCUAUCUGUGUUUAACCGUUUACCAGCUAAAUCUGUCCUUCUGAGGGAUGGCAAGACGAAUAUUCACGAUUUUAUCAUUGGUGCUGGUGAUAUCAGUCAGCAUUAGUCUUUUUAUUAUGUUCCUGGAAGAUUCAACAAGAGAGAAGUACCUGACAGCCUCUUCAGGGAACCACAGAGCAACAGCACAAGACCGCUUGUUUGAAUCUGAUAAACCAUCUGGGUUCAAAAGAGAGUUGCUGCGACCUGAUCCACCGCGUACGCCUCAUCCAGAGACUCCCAUCCCCGUCAUAAAGAAAAGUUCCUUCAAUAAAUCUCCUCAGUGGAAUUUUGAGGAUAUUUAUAACCUGGAUGCUCUACGUGGAUCCAGAUUAUGUGUCCAGUCUCUGCGUAACUCUAAGGAUAAGACCUUCCAGAAGGCUUUCCUUCCCAACGUACGCAUGUUUCUACACAAAGAAAACUUCAACACAAGAGAGUGGAACCGGCUUUCGCAUUUUAACAAUCCCUUCGGAUUUAUGGAAAUGGAUUAUAACGAUGUAAUGCCUGUGGUGAAGCUGAUCCCAAAGCCAAAAGAGCCGCUGCUCGACCCAAAACCAGGCGGGGAUGGCUGCGUGCGCUGCGCCGUGGUGGGAACUGCAGGCAUCCUGAACGGCUCCAAAAUGGGAGCUGAGAUUGAUGCACAUGACUACGUCUUUCGGAUGAAUGGUGCAGUGAUCAAGGGCUAUGAGGAAGACGUUGGGACCCGAACAUCGGUGUACGUUCACACAGCUCACUCAAUCACCGCAUCGCUGAUUUUAUUCAAGAAAUACGGGUACAAAUCUGCCCCACAUGAUGAGGGUAUAAUAUACGUCCUGAUUCCUGAGGGGUUGAGGGACUUCCAGUGGCUCAACUCUGUUAUUAAAGGAGAGAAAGUGUCUUCUGGUCAAUACAAAAACAGAACGGCCAGGAAUUACUAUUCGGGACAAUACAACGAGAGCCGCUUCUACGUUCUGCACCAGGACUUCCUGCGAUAUGUGAGAAACAGAUUUUUGAAAUCACCUAAUCUGAAUAAAAGAUUCUGGCCAAUUGUCCGACCAACCAAUGGAGCGUUUACUUUGUUUCUGGCUCUGCAUGCCUGUGACACAGUCAGCGCUUAUGGAUUCAUAACAGACGACUACAAAAAAUAUUCCAACUACUAUGCUGAAAAGCACCUCAAGUCCAGAGUCAUUUUCUUUGCCAACCACGACCUCGUUCAGGAAAAGAAUCUAUGGAAAUACCUCCACGAUAAAAAUAUACUAAAACUGUAUCAAAGAAGUGUGUCCUGACAGGAAAAAGGGAAAACAGCCACUACAUGCAAAUAAUGACGGUUUACACAAGAAUCACAUCCAGAAUGAAGGAAAAACACUUUCAUCCUGAAACAAAAAAAGCUAUUUUUUUUACUCAGUUUGCAUGGAUUUGUUUCUUUAAAAAAAAAAUUAGUCAUCUGCUAUUUUAUCAAAGCUAUACCUACAUAAAUAAACAUUCAAGACUGUUCAUUUUUGAAGAGGAUAUUCUGAAUUGAACUUUAACUGAAUAUUUUAUUUUACCAUGAGAUAUUCCGUUGUCUUUUGUGUCUUUGUGCUCAGAAGACUGGCUGCUAUGCGUUCAUGAUUGCCUCUUUGGGAAUUUCACUAGCUGAGUAAAAUUUACUGAGCAAUUAUCCAGACAUGGACCGGUGUGUGAAGCAAAGUUACAGCAAUGUUAAACUGCAGGAUGAUGAAUAAAUGAGGAAUAAAAUGCAUGCUGUUACGAACAUAUUUAGCAGAGAACUGACGAAAAACGUAUAAUGCCUCACCUUCUUUUAGGACUAAAAAUCAUUCAAAUAAUAAAAAAAAAAGACUAUGAGAUGUUUAGCAAAUUCACUAGUUGACACUCUCAGUGAUUAAGAAAUGUCAAGAUGGGAGUGUAUUAGGCUAAGGAUGACCUCCUCUCUGUAGUGUUGUAAAUAUUUGAGUUGUUUUUGAAGUUUAUUGUAUCUUGUAUGAAAUUUAAAAUGUCCCAUUGUGUCCCAAGUGUAAGAGAUGACAAAUGGUCGCUCUGUGUGCAUUACAGGUGUGUGGAGCAGCUGAUGGAUGCUCCUACGGCUAAACUCUUUGUCUGUUAGUCCAGCGGUGUCCAAACCUUUUAUCGUGUGGGCCAACAUUGUAAACUGGAAAUAAAAAUACAAAAUCCAAUGUCA